CGACCUUUGCACACUGCUCUCAAUCGACGAAGAAAGCACCAGGCCGAAGAAAUCGUGUGCAAAAAAUGUCCUACACACGGCACUUAGUUUUCAGCCGAACCCACUCUCGCUGGACGUAGUUAAGGGUUUAUCUUGCUCCGCUGUUUAUCUCGAGCGUUAUCUCCCAACUGAAUUCAAAAAAACUUCUAUAAUUAUCUGUGAUAAUCCAACGUUUUUCCUGCUCGCAACAGGGUUCUCAUCAAUAUGGACAAAAAGAAAUAUUCAGGGAAGACAUGUCGCCUGCUUUCAAUGUUAUCGAUGACAUCAGCUUUCUUCCUUGUAGAAAUCAUUGUAGGAUAUUUCACCAAUUCCAUGGCACUGGUUGCUGAUGCUUUCCACAUGCUGUCUGAUGUUGUUGCUUUAUUCAUUGGGUUUGCAUCUGUCCGAAUAUCAAAAUGGAGAACCCAAAAAAACACAUUCGGCUGGGCUAGGGCUGAAGUACUAGGUGCCCUUGUCAAUGCAGUGUUCCUUGUAGCUCUGUGUUUUUCCAUUUUUGUGGAAUCUCUAAAACGCCUUGUUGAGAAAGAAGAGAUCCACAACCCCAAAAUGCUGGUUAUUGUUGGGGUUCUUGGUUUAGUUGUUAACUUCAUUGGACUUUGCUUGUUUCGAGGCCAUACUCAUUCCCACGGCAGCAGUCACGGUGAUAAAUCUGAAAAUGUUGCGUUAGUGGAGAAUAAGAUUGGUGGUAACAGUGAUGAUGUCGUUAUCAGCCAUACAGAAGAAGCUACAGAAGAGGUUCCUGUCAAAAUACAAUCCAGUUCUCAGUUAAACAUGAGAGGUGUCUUUUUACAUGUCCUUGGUGAUGCUUUAGGUUCAGUAAUAGUCAUUAUAAGUGCGUUAAUUAUUUGGUUUGCUGAAGGGGACUGGAGAUUUUAUGUUGAUCCAGCAAUGAGUAUAGCUAUGGUAUUUCUUAUUUUGAGCACAACAAUACCAUUAUUGCGGGAAUCUGGUUUAAUUCUUCUGCAGACAGUACCAACACAUAUCCAGGUGAAAGAUAUCAAAGAAAAAUUAGAAAAGAUUAGUGGUGUUCUUGCUGUUCAUGAGUUCCAUGUCUGGCAACUGGCAGGCAACAGAAUUAUUGCAUCUGCUCACGUCCGUUGCCAGAACAUUGAAGAAUACAUGCAUGUAGCCGUUAAAAUCAAAGAACUCUUUCAUAAUGAAGGAAUCCAUUCGACGACCAUCCAGCCUGAAUUUGUUGAAUUUGAAGAGAUUAUUCCUGGUCGGGACUGUGCUUUGGAGUGUGGGCCAGACAAAAAAUGCUACACAGACACCUGUUGCCCCACAACGCCAUCCGCCUCAUCGAUGAACCAAAAUGAAACUGAUUAUGAGCAAAGUACUUCCAAUAGGAACCUGACAGAGUUGCCCAACAAUAUUGAACAAAAUGUGGACCCUAAAAAAUUGGUUGUGGCUUAUGACACCAACAAAGAUGAGACUCGGUCAGAAUUAACUUUUAGCUUGAAUUCUUCAACAGACUUUGAAAACAAAAGAAGUAGUCAGACCGAUUCCCUCAAAAGGACAGUUUAGCUUUGUUACUAUGCAAAAUACUUAUAUGGACACACAUCACAUAUACAUACAUACACAUACACACAUAUAUAUAUACAUACACACACACACACACACACAUGCCCACAUAUGUAUAUGUGUAUAUGA